AAGUGUCCCUUUCUUUCUUAUAUUUAUUUCGUUUAUUUGAUCCUUUUCGCUUACUCCAUAGUUCUCCACUUCCUUCCUUCGUCCCUUCGAAACACCCUUUUUGGGUCCAGAUUUCGUCGGCCAUCACUAUCUGUUCUUCCGACAGAUUUCCUCCAUUACUGGAGUUUCUCGUCUCAUCUCCGUCGCACUUGGAUUGCUCCGAUCAUUUGCGGGUUCUGCAAAUCAAUCUCUUCUGGGGACCAUUUGAUAUAGCUGAUACUAAUUUUGGUGAGAAUCAUAGAUGCCAGCAGCAAAAUUAAGGGGAUUUAGCUCUCCAGAUACGAUGAUGUCUGAGCAGAAAGGAGGGAAACCAGAGGAAGGAAAUGAUUCCCUUGACAAUUUUAUCAGACAAGCAAUAGGAAAAGAACCAUUUCUUUCUUUUUCAAGGGCUGGUGACAGCCCAGUCCAGUGGAUUCAGUUACUUCACGCUUUAGACCAGCAAGGUACUAACAAGCUCUCUAAAGGUCCAAAGGUUAACAACACGAUAGAAGGGAAGAAGCAUCAUUUGGAGCAUUGUAAUGGUGUUGGUUCAUAUUCGUACGAUACUAGUGGGAUUAAGGAUUCUGUUCACCCUAUAAAACGCAGUGGAGUUCCUGUAGAAGGGACGAAAAGUGCGUCUGAACACUUGCAAACUCUUAAAAUCCCCGAGGCUGUUGUUGCCUUUGCUCAGGCAGCUGCUAGGGCCAAUGGUGAGCCUGAAAAAUAUCUUCCAGGAUGGCCCUUGUUGUCUCCUUCUAAGGUGCCGAUGCAAAAAUGUGAAAAGUGUUCCCGGGAAUUCUGUUCGCCCAUCAACUACCGAAGGCAUAUACGCGUGCACCGCCGGUCUUUGAACAUUGAUAAGGAUUCUCCCAAAAAUAGAGAUAUCUUGGGUGCAUUUUGGGAUAAGCUCUCCUUGGAUGAUGCCAAAGAAAUAGUUUCAUUCAAGAAUGUGAUGCUGGAGGAAGUUCCUGGAUCUUCAAUUAUAAGAGCACUGACAUCACUUGUCCGGAAACCGGGGUUUUCUUCACUGCCGCAAGUUCAUGUAAAGGCUGGUGCAGCACUUCUGGAUGUCGUCCAAGGUAGACCGUCCAGGUUUCCUAUAUCUUCUCAAGAACUGUUCAGUAUACUAGAUGAUGCAAGUGAAAAGACCUUCUUGUGUGCUGGCACAGCUUUGUCCCUGCAAAAAUUUGUAUUUGAUGGAGAAGCUGCAAAGAUUGGUCUUGAGAUGAAGAAUUUAGUUGCUUGCACUAGUUUCCUGGUGGAACAGAAACUGGUUAUAGCAUGGCUUGCUGAUAAGGAUGCAGAAGCCUUGAGGUGUCAGAAAUUACUUGUGGAGGAAGAGGAAGCUGCUCAGAGAAGGCAAGCUGAACUCUUGGAAAGGAGGCGGCUGAAGAAGCUUAGACAGAAGGAGCAGAAAUCAAGGGAUCAAACUGAUGGGGACAAGGAAGAUUCUAGGGAUGGUUCCCCGGAUAACUUGGAUGAAAUAGUUUCUUCCACAGGAAAGAUCAACCAGGAGGCGGCCUUUGACAUCCAUUCUCAGGAAGGACAGAUAGAUCCUGUUUUGCCUUACCUUGAGCCGGUUCGACAUCUAAAGCCUGAUGUGGAAGCAGACAUAGGAGGUCAGACCGGAUUUACUGAUCCCGACAUUGAGAUGGGUUAUGGAGACGUGAGUACAGCCAAUUGUCAGAAUGUUGACCAGAAAACGCAGCAGGGGGGUAGCAGGCGGCAACCAAUUGUUGCUAGAAGGCAGCUUCUGAAGCCACAAAGGAACAUUUCAAAUGGUUUGCAUUCAGGCCAAAAUGUAUUGAAAUCAGGAGGGGUGCAGAAGCAUGGGGUUUACAGGGACCAGAGAACUGCUUCUUUGGCCAAUGGUCAUAAAGUAUGGACUCGGAAAACCAAGUCCGAAGCUGAAGGAGAGGUUUUGAAUUCAAGACUACAAAGAGAGUUGGUAGAUCAGUCAGAUCAAAACGAUAACUGUGAGGUAUUGAUAGGUUCCAUCUCUGUCACACUUGGAGAUUGUGGUAGCCAGCGUCAGGGUGAAACUGCGACUGCUGCUGUUGAUCAGUGUACAGCAGAACCACCACCAAAGCGGAGCCACAUCCUAGAGAAGCUGAUCAAGGCCGAUUCAUGUCAAGGGGGCACCAACCGUCUGAUGGUCAAGCUUUGGAGGCCAGUUGGAAGGUAUGAAGCUGGGGGUUCCACAAAUAUUCAAGGUGAUAAGAGAGAAGAUGAAGCAGACAUGAUUUCCUGCCCAUUCACGAACAGAAAUCCCUCCAGUGAGAGUUACCUCAGCCAUGGUGUGAUGAAUGAUAGUAGCUCCGGGAGUAGGAAUGAUUCUCCCAUGCUGCUGGAAGAUAAUGCAGAUUCUAGAGGGCUGACGUUGUUCUCCAGUCGUGCCGCAGAAGCUUUUCUUGCUCAGAGAUGGAAGGAGGCGAUUGCUUCAGAUCAUGUGAAGCUUGUAUUAUGCUUGGAAAAUGAACCUUCCGGUUGCCUGGAAAACCAUGAUGAUGCGUUACCACCAGCGCAGUUUGUAUCAAAUGGUUGCGAACGCAGCAUCCUUGGGAAUGCUGAAAACCGGCUAGUGGGAGUGGGCCUUGAGCCCUCAACCACAGGAGCUGCUAAAACCAAGUUCAAGGGGAAGCCAGAAAAGGGUUAUAGACUAAAGUAUAUACCAAAGCAGAGAAAUUGUACUUGAGUCGGUAUUAUUCGUUUGGGAGCAGGUUUAAUGGAUGGCUUGCCCAUUGGGUGUUCUAUGGAUGGCCCACCUAUUUCUAUUUGUACCACAUUGCAGGCUUGAUGGGGACUGAAAUUUUGUAGAGGUAGAUCCAAAGGUUCCCAUGUUCUCAUGUCAUGUACUAGCUCAAUUGGAAUUAACCAGGUGGCAAAAUUAAAAUUUUGAAUAUCCAUGACUCCAUGACAAUGCGAAGACUACAAAGCAGGUGUAGGUGUAGGUGAAGGUGAAGGUGAAUGUGCAUGACAUAAAUUGGAGUCAAGUGGGUCAUCCAUGGAUUCUCUAUGUAUGGAACUGUCCGUAAAACCUUUUGCCUGAUCUGUUUACCAAUGCGCAUUUUUAGUUUUCUAUCAGCAGUAAAUUCUUAGUAGAGGUCUUUUGUCUUGGGAAAGAGGGUAAAAGAAAGAGGUCAGGAGGGUAUAAUUUUUUUGUCCUUCUAUUUUUGGGUGUGGUAGUAGAUUUUUUUGUCAUUUCCUUUUUGGGGCAAGUAAUAAUUUAGCUCGUAGUGUUACAUUUUUGUUUGUGUAUGUUUCUUAGUUCA